AAGUAAGUCAUGUGUUCGCUAAUAGUUCAUUAACUAUGUAAGUGUGCCAAAAACUAUUGUGCCACGCUUUGCAAUUAUGUAGAUACAUAUUCUCUUGUAGUGCAAUUUUUUAUGUAGUGUUUUAUUUUGGCCAAACAUAAUUAAAAGGCAGCUAUCAACAAGUGACUUGUGUUGAAGUUUAAAAAAACACCGUGCGCAGAUAAGGGAAUUGAUUAACUUUUUGAAGUAACGGUUUUCAAAAUGUCGCCGCUGAAUGUAGUGGUGAACGAUUUAUUUAAAAUCCUCCAACACUGGUCGUCUUGUUCGCUAGUGCAGUGGUUUCUAAGAGCUUUGACCCUCUCGCAGACAAUUCUGUCGACUGGAUGGCCGGAAAACUACCAGCUCAAAGGUAAACACUAAAUUAUUUAUGGUACCUAACAUUCCCAAAAAUUAGCAUAAUCUUAGUCUGUAUUAUGAAUUGAUUAUUAUGACUUUAAUGAGACUUUAGACUUUAUCCAAUCCCGAUAAAUGAGCGUGAGUAAAUCUUAAUCAUAUUUCUUUAUUAGGUGUUCGUGCAUUCCACCAAUGCUUAUUCCGAGUCUUGGUGUUUUGUGCAGGUGUAUUGAAUGUUCUUAAAACUCCUGUAAAACAAAAUAAUAUUAAUUGUAGAAGAAAAAUAAAUUGUUUAUGUGGGUUAUUGGCAAGGAAUGGAGGAUGUCUUUGAUAAAGUUGAGCAACCAUGACCAAGUGCGAUCACAAGAACGAAAACUAUACGGAUCGGCACCCCAAGGCAAGAAUCAUUCGGAUCGGUUUAGCCGUUCCAGCAUUUGUACCUUUAUCAAUCUUCUUUCGGUUUCAGAUGGGCAAAGUUUCGACUUCAUCGUGGUGGGCAGUGGGUCAGCGGGCGCCGUGGUGGCUGCGCGACUCUCCGAGGUGCCGAGCUUCAACGUGCUGCUCAUUGAGGCUGGGGGCGACCCACCUCCCACCAGCGUGAUUCCAGGUCUGUUUGUGACACUACCGGGAACAGAAUAUGACUGGAAUGUGGAAGCUCAGUUUGAUAAAGGCGUUGGCCUCGCGCAUCCUGGCGGCAUCUUGAAUUAUCCUCGAGGUAAAAUGCUUGGAGGUUGUUCUUCCACCAACUUCCUCAUAUAUUCACGAGGAGUGCCUGAAGAUUAUGAGGAAUGGAACCGAAUAGCACCUGGUUGGGAUUGGGAGUCUGUACUUCCAUACUUCAAAAAGCUAGAAGGUAUGACAGACAUGUCAGUUUUCAAAACUCCCCAAAAUGCUUACCUGCAUUCCACAGACGGUCCAGUUAAGGUAUCAAGGCUUGUUACCUUAAAGUCAACUGCUAUAAUAGAUAACAUAAGGUUGGAUUCGUACGAAGAGAUGGGUAUUCAGAAAGUUUUGGAAAAUAACGGUCCUGAAAUCGAGGGUGCUUCCAGACCGCACUUCACCUUCUACAAUGGCAGAAGAUCGAGUACAGCAGAGGCUUAUCUUAGGCCAGCUAAGGAUAGACCUAAUCUAAAAGUAGCCAAGUUUGCUACCGUCACUAAGAUAUUAGUGGAUCCACUUACAUUACGAGCUUACGGCGUGGAAAUCUUCACAUCUAACAAAUUGAUUAAAAUUUACUCUAAAAAGGAGGUCAUUCUUUCAGCUGGUACAAUUAAUAGUCCGAAAAUUCUAAUGCAUUCAGGAAUAGGACCAAGAGAAGAAUUAUCAAAGUUUGGAAUCAAGACGCUGAUAAAUCUUCCUGUUGGUCAAAAUUUUCAUGAUCACCAAACUAUACCGCUAGUAUUUAAAGGUAAACUUGGAAUAUUAACGGCUGUUCAAAAUAUGGCAGCUGCUCCGCAGCUUGACACAUUACCAGUGCCAGUACAGGCUGGAUUCUUUAGAUUAAACACCAGUUCCAGUAGCUAUCCUAACAAAUACCAGCCACAUUUCCAAUUUUUUAAUACUUAUGUUGGGGCAGCAGCGUCUGUCUUAUUAGCAAUAGGAUGUAAAACUCUUGGCAAUUUUGAUCAGGCCUUUUGCUGGUCACUAGGAAAAACGAAUGCUGUCAAUGAAAUAGACAAUGUGCUGCUUGUCCUAAUGCAUCCAUUGUCAAGAGGAGAGAUUAGAUUGAAAAGUAAAAAUCCUAUGGAAGAUCCCACCAUCAAUCUGGGUUAUUAUAGAAAUGAAUAUGAUCUAUUAGUAGCCGCAGAAGGUGUGAAGUUCAUGAACACGUUCAUAAAUACAACAUAUUUUAGGAAGGUUGGAGGAAGUCUGGCAAGAUUGAGUGUGAGAGGAUGUGAGCAUAUCCCUUGGGGUACAGAUGAAUAUUGGCGGUGUUACGCAAAAAAUACGGUUUCAUCGUUACUACACGGAGUAGGAACUUGCAGUAUGGGGCGUCAGGGUGUUGUAGACGAGAGGUUACGAGUGCAUAACGUGGAUGGGCUAAGAGUGGUCGACGCAUCAGUUAUACCAAUGAUACCGAGUGGUAACACUAACGCUCCCGUGAUGAUGGUUGGUGAGAAAGCCGCUGAUAUGAUAAAAGCUGAUCACAAUGACCACAGUGGGAACCUUAAACAAGUUCUUUAUGAUGACGAGGACUCUUUACGGACUUGGUACUACAUCUGAUAGAGUAAUAUUUGAAGAUAUUUUUUUUUGUACAAACUAUUUGGAAAAUAUGAGAAUUGUUUCGCCUGCACUCAUGCGCUUAAUCAAUAAUUAUUGUUGCUAGAUGAUCAAUCAUUGAAUUAUUUAAUGUAUUUCUGGCGUUUUUAAAUGAGGUAUUGUAAGAUUCUGAUCUAAGUCAUUAGAUAAUAAGGUCAUGAUAAAUUUCUUUAUUUGAAAUUGAAAAUUAUAAGAAAGCAAUAUAAAACUAAA